AUGAAAUCAGUCUUUGAUCAGAACAUUGCCUAUAAAUAUGGUGGUGCCCUUUGCUACGAAGGAGAUUCUCUUGCCCAGAAUGCUCUCAACGUCAAAUUAGUACUCCAAGAGUGCACAUUUAAUGGAAAUAGGGCAUACUCAUGCGGUGGAGGCUUAUCAGCCUUAGCCUGCAGAGAAGCAAUACUAGAUCAUUGCGAAUUUAAGCAAAACCAUGCCGCAUCAUUUGACGGAGGCAUGGAGUGCUGCUUGACAAAUAGAUUAGACAUUUUCGAUACAAAAUUCAUUAAUAACUACAUUACAAACAAUUUCCUGGAUGAUAAAGACGUUUCCGAAGAUGUCAGAAAACGUUAUCAAAAGUCGAUUAAGUUCGGAGGUGGAGCAUUGUAUUUCGGAGGCCCACCAAUGCCUAAAGAUGAAUCAGCACCAACAGCAUAUGCAUCUUUUUAUACACAAAGUUGCUGUUUCUUCAAUAGCUUUGUUUUGGACAAAGAUACAUCAGAAGUUUAUGAUUUUACAAAUACAGAAGAAGAUACAAACGAAUACCAAGGAAGAGGACAUGAAAUAUACCUGAAUUCUUAUAUUGGAUGGACUUCGAUGAAUGAUGAUUUCAAAGAACCAGAGUAUUCACAGUCAGUUCCUAAUCAUUACAUUUAUUUCGUUAAAAGUAAUGAACAAAAUCUAAAUUAG